GUCGUGCGGCUGGAGCGCAAGCGGGUGGGAGAGGAAUACACACUCAGAUACACACUCGCGCACACACAGGCACAUUCGCACACACACGUACGGUCCAGGAGGCGGACCAGGGGCGGGCGGCUCCGUGACCAGACCCGCUAGUGGGGACUGCGGCGAGGUUGGGGGAGGCGGCCAGAGCUGGAGGCGCGACCCCGAAUUCUCUCCCCCUGCGAGGCCUCGCGGUUUCCGAGCCUUGGCCUGGAGCGGCCGCGUCGGCCGGCGGGGAGCGGGGAGAAGGAAGCGGGCGGGCGCGCUCUGGCCAGCGGCGGCGCCAGACAAAGAGCGAGGCCCCCGGCUCCAGGGGCAGGCGGCGCCGCACGCGGAGAGAGACCGCCGGGAAUCGCUCGAGCUCCAUGUUGGGAGACGCAGCCGCCGCAGCCCCUCGUAGUUAGCCCGAGCCCCGUGCAGCCCGGGCAGCGGCGGGAGGGGGCCCGGCCCCGAGAGAAGAUGGAGGCCCCGGGCCGACCCAGCGGGGACAUCCUAAGGCGGAAUCCCCAGCAUGACUACGAGCUGGUCCAGCGGGUGGGCAGCGGCACCUAUGGGGAUGUGUACAAGGCUAGAAAUUUACAUACUGGAGAGUUGGCUGCAGUAAAAAUCAUAAAGUUGGAGCCUGGAGAUGAUUUUUCACUGAUUCAACAAGAAAUAUAUAUGGUUAAAGAAUGUAAACACUGCAAUAUUGUUGCUUACUUUGGGAGCUAUCUCAGUCGGGAAAAAUUAUGGAUCUGUAUGGAAUAUUGUGGUGGUGGAUCACUUCAAGACAUUUACCAUGUUACUGGACCGUUGUCAGAAUUACAAAUAGCUUAUGUUUGCAGAGAAACAUUACAGGGUCUUGCUUAUUUGCAUACUAAGGGGAAAAUGCAUCGAGAUAUCAAGGGUGCAAAUAUUUUAUUGACAGACCAUGGUGACAUUAAAUUAGCUGACUUUGGUGUGGCUGCAAAAAUAACAGCUACCAUUGCAAAGAGGAAAUCUUUCAUUGGCACUCCUUAUUGGAUGGCUCCAGAAGUUGCCGCAGUGGAAAAAAAUGGUGGAUACAACCAACUUUGUGAUAUUUGGGCAGUAGGAAUAACAGCGAUUGAACUUGGAGAACUCCAGCCACCUAUGUUUGAUCUUCAUCCAAUGAGGGCUUUGUUCUUAAUGUCAAAAAGCAAUUUCCAACCUCCAAAGCUAAAAGAAAAGACAAAAUGGUCGUCAACAUUCCAUAAUUUUGUCAAAAUAGCAUUAACCAAAAAUCCAAAAAAGAGGCCAACAGCUGAAAGACUUCUAACUCAUAGUUUUGUAGGACAGCCUGGUCUCUCAAGGGCACUAGCAGUUGAAUUGUUGGACAAAGUAAAUAAUCCAGACAACCAUGCGCAUUAUAUUGAAGGAGAUGAUGAUGAUUUUGAGCCCCAUGCAGUUGUCCGUCAUACUAUUCGGUCUACAAACAGGAAUGUCAGAGCUGAACGAACAGCAUCAGAGAUAAACUUCGACAAACUACAAUUUGAACCUCCUUUAAGAAAAGAAACAGAAGCACGUGAUGAAAUGGUAGUAUCAGGUGACACAGACUUUUCAUUACAGUGGAAUCCUUUUGUAGAUAGUGCAAACACCAGCAGGUCAACUUUAAAACAUGCAGUACCACCACCACUACCUCCUAAGCCAAAGAUAAAUUAUUAUUCUGAGGACAGUUUCCCAGAUGAAGAAAAGUCAUCAACCAUAAAAUAUUGUCCCAGUUCAGAGAACAGAGCUCCACAAGUUCAGAGACGACAAAGUUGUAUUCCUGGGAUUGAGACUUCUUCUCUUGGAAACGGUGACGGUGUUUUGAAAUUGAUUAGUGAAAAUGCAGGAGGAUUAGGACAAGCACCACAAUUACCACGAAAAAAGGACAAGCGAGACUUUCCUAAACCAGCCAUCAAUGGUCUUCCACCAACCCCAAAAGUAUUGAUGGGAGCAUGCUUUUCAAAGGUUUUUGAUGGUUGCCCUUUGAAGAUAAAUUGUGCAACAUCCUGGAUACAUCCUGAUACAAAAGAUCAGUACAUUAUUUUUGGAACUGAAGAUGGUAUUUAUACCUUGAAUUUAAAUGAACUACAUGAGGCAACAAUGGAACAGUUAUUUCCAAGGAAGUGUACCUGGCUGUAUGUUAUUAAUAAUACAUUGAUGUCAUUAUCAGAAGGAAAAACUUUUCAACUCUAUUCCCAUAAUCUAAUAGCCUUGUUUGAACAAGCCAAAAAACCAGGAUUAGCUGCCCAUAUUCAAACCCACAGGUUCCCAGACCGAAUAUUGCCAAGGAAGUUUGCCUUAACAACAAAGAUUCCCGAUACAAAAGGCUGUCACAAAUGUUGCAUAGUGAGAAACCCCUAUACAGGACACAAGUACCUCUGUGGAGCUUUGCAGUCUGGAAUUGUUUUGCUUCAGUGGUAUGAGCCAAUGCAGAAAUUCAUGUUAAUAAAGCACUUUGAUUUUCCUUUGCCAAGCCCUUUGAAUGUAUUUGAAAUGCUAGUGAUACCAGAGCAAGAAUACCCCAUGGUGUGUGUAGCUCUUAGCAAGGGGACUGAAUCAGGCCAGGUUGUUCAGUUUGAGACAAUCAACUUGAACUCUGCAUCUUCAUGGUUUACAGAAAUUGGUGCAGGCAACCAGCAGUUAGAUUCCAUUCAUGUGACACAGUUGGAAAGAGAUACAGUUCUAGUGUGUUUAGACAGGUUUGUGAAAAUUGUAAAUCUUCAAGGAAAACUGAAGUCAAGCAAGAAACUGGCCUCCGAGCUAAGUUUUGAUUUUUGCAUUGAAUCUGUAGUAUGCCUUCAAGAUAGUGUGUUAGCCUUCUGGAAACAUGGAAUGCAGGGGAAAAGCUUCAAGUCAGAUGAAGUUACCCAGGAGAUUUCAGAUGAAACUAGAGUUUUCCGUUUGCUUGGCUCUGACAGGGUUGUCGUUUUGGAAAGUAGGCCAACAGAAAAUCCUACAGCACACAGCAAUCUCUACAUUUUGGCUGGCCAUGAAAAUAGUUACUGAGCAACAUCCACAGAAAUGACAAGAAAAUGGACAUGGCCCCAUAUGAAAAAUGCCUUCAAGGAAAUGAAAUACAAACUGAAACAUUAUUUUCUUUCUUUCUUGUAGGUGACAUCUCAAUGAUCUGUAUGUUAGGGUAGGACUCGGUUCUUUCUGUAGCUGGAAACAGCUAUUAUAUCUCUUGCCACUAUGUGGUGGUUAUAUAAAGUUUGCUUAAUAAAAGCUAUGAGACAAAUAGUCUUCUUUUUAGUUCCUGGAAGCUCAGUUUAAAAAAAAAAUAUUUGCAACCAAGGUGCCAUAGCAUGUUAAAGUAACUCAUGUGAUUGUCUCUAGAGUGGUUUUAGCACUGACAAUUCUUUAUUUGAAUGUGGUCUUAUUCUUCCUUAACGAAUAUGAUUUUGUAGGAAUUGUCCCCCAAUCUCUUUACUUUUAAAUAGGCCAUUCUGUAUGUUUUUGUAAAAUAGAAUAUUUAAUUCUUAUUUAUUAAUCUGCUGCUAGAAUGGUGUAAUGUAUCUAACUUUUAGUAAAGGAUGGUUGCAAAGCAGCUUAAAAUUUUUUACAGUUGUAUAAAAAAAGGGUUUUUUUUCCUAGAUUUAGUGCUUUGUUAGGAGUUAUGGGUAGCAUUAUCAGUUUGUUGGUUUUUUCAUGUUUAAUUGCAAUUUUAUACAACAAAAAAGUAUUUUGUAAUACAAUUUCAUGCAGAUUGCCUUAAAAGGGAGCUUCAUACAUCAAACUAAUAAUGUUGUAGGGUGCAUAUGGCAAUACGAUGGUGAUGAUUGAAAUAUUAUUAGAAAAGGGUGUGUGUAUAUGUGUGACUGUAUCAUGGAAGUGUCUUCUUGACAAGAAGUAGUGUUCCUUUUAUGUUAUUGAUAAUAACUCAUGAGACAUUAAUCUUUGUGCACAUCUAGCCAUUCCAAAUGUAGGAGGGAAAGUAUUUAACUAUUUAUGACACAUAUUUUAUUUAUACUAUGCCAGAAGGAAUACCUAGAAAGUAACUAUGCAUGUGUCUUGGGGUUUUCAUUUAUGCAUGUGGAUGUUCACUUGGGGUAACGUAAAGAAGAAAAAAUUGCCUUUAAGUGAAAGAUAAUUCCUGAUGGGAUAGUAUAAAUAUGUAUUAUGAGAAUCAGUAUUCUAAAAAUAAUCAAACUUAGAGUCAUUCUUUUUAAACUUUUUUUCCCCUCUGCCAUCUUGCUAUGCCACAUUAAAGUCAUAUUAGUUCCA